UCAAAGUGUGUGUAAAGUUCGCUAGCCACAGCCUGACCAAACGUCCAUGGCCUUAGAGCAGAGGAAUGGCUUCGGAGCACCAGGGCAUCAAGGAAUGAAGUGGAACUUUUCUGCCGUUUUUUCAGCUCUGUGAUUGUGCGGUUGGUGUGUGUUGACUGUCGUGCCUUGUGAUCUAAGACAAAUCAUCUGCCUUGACUCAGAGUGAACGAGGGUGGAGAGCAAUUGGACCCCUCUAUCAGGACAACGUGUAUUUCCCAAAUAGUUUAGAGUAUUCAUGAGGUUACGCAAAUGUGGAGGAAGCCAAAUUACCGUAAUCAAUUGAAGCGGCGAGCGUGUCCGUCCACAGCUCUGAUUACCCAGAGAUCAGCCUGAUGUGAAUGUUACAAGGAGAGGAGCUAUUAAAUUGAUGUUGAAUUUUGGUGAGAAGUCUAUGAUCAUUGGGCAAGUGAGUCUGCACAGAGAUAAUAGGGCAGAUCAGUGGACUGGGAAAGUGCUGGUGGCACAUUAGCUAUCUGACUCAGAUUUCAAGCUGCUGUUUUACAGAAAGACCAAACCUAUAUUACCCAGAAUAAGCAUUGUGCAAUACCCAAACUGUCAUUCCCCAUAUUUUUGACCAACAAGUAGAAAAAUAAAUCUUGUGAGAGGAUAAGAGACUAUGGAAGUCCGCUAUAGCCAAGACACAGAGUCCGGAAUGCUCCUUAAGAAUGGACUUAAAGAGGGGAAAGAGGGAAAGGAUUCCCAGGGAAACAUUUCAAAAACCUUACUGAAGGACCAGCAGGACUCCUUUUCUUCAUCCGGACCGGUGGAAGCCUGCGAAAAGAGCCGGACAAGCUCGGGAGAUCCUGAUUACUGCCGGAGGAUUCUAGUUCGAGAUGCCAAAGGUUCGAUUCGAGAGAUUAUUCUGCCAAAGGGUCUGGAUCUAGACAGACCAAAACGCACUAGAACCUCGUUCACAGCUGAGCAGCUGUACAGACUCGAGAUGGAGUUUCAGCGGUGCCAGUAUGUUGUGGGACGAGAGAGAACUGAGCUUGCCCGACAACUAAACCUGUCAGAAACUCAGGUAAAGGUGUGGUUCCAGAACCGGCGCACAAAGCAGAAGAAAGAUCAGGGCAAGGACUCUGAGUUGCGCUCCGUGGUCUCUGAGACAGCUGCCACAUGUAGUGUCCUGCGGCUGUUGGAGCAGGGCCGACUUCUUACUCCUCCAGGCCUGCCAGGGUUGCUGCCCCACUGCGGGAGCUCCUCGCUGGGCUCUGCACUCCGUGUGCCCUCCCUGGGCAUAACGGCCAAUGGAGGUUCCUCCAGCAGCAGCAGCAGCGCCACCAGCUCGGGCACAGCCGGAGGAACCCCCCCACUGCCAACGGUGACCAGCUCGGGGACAGUCACAGGGCUGCAGGGAUCCCCGCCUGCCCAUGGGCUGUUCAGCUUCCCUAUGCCGUCUCUGCUCGGGUCUGUAGCCUCACGUAUGUCCUCCAACCCACUUGGCAUGGCUGGAUCCCUCGCCGGAAACUUGCAGGAACUUUCUGCUAGAUACCUGAGCUCCUCCGCCUUUGAACCCUACUCGCGGACCAAUGGCAAAGAAGUACUAGACAAGAAAGUUUUGGAAUGAUCACCGUGGGGUCUCUAUAUCUUUUUUCUCGUUGUUUUGAAAUUUGAGCUCUGAUUAUCACUCCUUUUUAAAUCUCUUUCUCCCCUUUUGUCUUGUCCGUGCUGUUGUGUUUUUUCAAGUUGUCAAACUGCACAUUGUUGCCUCUCAAAACUGUUAAAAAAGGCGGACUCAUACUUGUACUUUUCCAAAACAAGGAUUGUCAGAGCAUUUUGCACUAAAUCAAAGUUUCUCAACCCCAUUUUGAAUUUGAAAACAAAAGCUUGAAUAAGGAAUGUAGCAAGAGAUUAUGGAGGGGAAGAGAGGAAAAAUGUUUGCUGUGGCAAUAUCUUAGGGAAAACAUUUCCCAUACACUUAAAAAAGCUGCUGAGUAAAAAUGGUAGAGAAAAUGAUACAAAACAUAAAACUGAACUAAUUACACAGCAACAUCCUUCAUGUUUACCGUUUGAAGUUGGAGAGUAAUCUAAAUGUGAUUUUAACAAUAAUGAUACAGUAUAUACAUUAUAACUGGAUUUAUUUCCAAAAGUUGGAAUACACAGUUUGCUUACGAAGGUCAUGAAUUUGCCAUAUGAAGCUAUAAAAUCAGAUGUCUAUAACAUUUUGUAUUCAUAUGGUUAAACAUGUUCUGACUAAAUCAAAGGGAAAUUCUGUCACACCUUUAAAUAGUCCAAUUGUACUGUGUUCAUUGUUCUCUAAAUGGUUUCUGUGAGGGUGCUCCCCAAAAUGAGUUUUGAAGGCAGUCUCAGUUUGUGAGUUUGUAUGUCUUAAAUAUGCAGUUUUUCUCCUCUCUGUGUGUGCUGGUACUGAAGUUGUAGUCCUGGUUUCAAUGUUUAGGUGCGUGUUUAAGCUAAAAACCUUUUGAAAAAACUAUGGGGCCAAAAUGAGGAAAGAUUAAGCUCUGGAGCAUCAGUUAGACCCUCGCAUUAUUGGGCUAGAUGUUUUGCAGAGAGCAGCAGCCUCUACUAUGCUUUUCCAGAAGAAUUCGAGUUCUGUUCUAUCAUCUGAGCUGAGAUGAGGCAGAUCUCUGGGAAGGAGGAGUGGGGUAAAAUUAUUGUAGUAUAAAAUGAAGACUGAAAAUUGUAACAAAAAUUGUUAUUUUACUGUAAAUUAUUCACGUCUGUUAUAAAUACUCCAUCAGUAUAUCUGCAAAUAAUGAAAGAAUGAAUGUAUGGGGAAGGGGGCAGGUUUUCUGGAUGAAGAACCAAUCAAAGCUCUGGUGGUGUUGUUGUUAAAUAUCUUGAAGUUUGUGAACUGUGGUAUGA